AUGGAUUCUGUUAACAAGUGCGUCGUAGGGACGAAGGUAUUCGUCAGGGAUAAGCAGAAGGUGUGGGUCUGCGCCGAAGUGGUGAAGGAAGAAACGGAGCUGGUGGUGAAGACGGAGGAUGACGAAAUCGUUGUGCUGAAGGAGAAGGACGAGUUCCACCUCAAAAAUUUGGACGUGUUUGACUCUAACGGCCUGUCCGCCCCUGCCGACUUGACGAAGCUGACGCAUCUGCAUGAAGCGUCCAUCCUACACAGUUUGAAUGUCCGCUUCGACAUUGACGAAAUCUACACCUUCACCGGACCGAUUCUAAUCGCUGUGAACCCGUUUAAGAUGAUCCCAGAUUUGUACUCUGAUAGCAUGCUAGCCAAACAUGUGCAGCCCAUUCAGUCUAAGAGUCCACACAUUUUUUCCACGGCCAAUAGUGCCUACCUAGGGAUGUGCCAACAUAACAAAUCUCAAACGAUAUUAAUAAGUGGAGAGUCAGGUGCAGGGAAGACAGAAUCUACGAAAUACGUGAUGAAAUUUCUUGCUUGUGCAGGCUCAGAUAUCAAGAGGAGAUCUCUCAUAGAAUGUCAAAUCUUGGAGAGUAAUCCCUUGUUGGAGGCGUUUGGAAAUGCAAGGACGCUUAGGAAUGACAAUUCAAGUCGCUUUGGGAAAUACAUCGAGUUGCAAUUCUCUUUGGACCGCAAGGGGGGGGGUCAGUACUACACCAGGGGGAAGCUGUGCGGCGCGAAGAUUCGGACGUACCUUUUGGAGAAGGUGCGCGUUUGCUACCAGCAGGAGGGCGAGCGCAACUACCACAUUUUUUACCAGCUCUGCAGGGCGGCCAGGGAAGCGGCAAGGGGAGCGGCCAACGAAGCGGUGAGCGGAGAGGCAAGCGAAGUGGUUGACGAAGUGGUGAGCGAAUCUCCUAGCAACGCCACCAACCCUUCCAACGCCGCUAACUGCGCUAACUCCGGCAACGCCGCUAAGAUUUUUGGCCCCCCCCGCGAGUACCGCUUCCCCGCGACGGAGAAGUACAGGGACCCCGAGCUGGGCGCGAAGGCAGUGCGCAUAAACAUGAGCGGCUUCCAGAGCCACGAGCACUUCCGCUACCUCACCAAGUCCAGCGUGCACGAGCUGAGCGACGUAAACGAGCUGGAGCAGUUCGAGACGACCGUAUACGCCAUGCAGACUAUCGGGAUAAGCGAAGAGGAGCAGCACCAAAUAUUCCGCGUGUUAGAAGGGAUCCUCUACAUGGGCAACGUCCUAUUCGUGAAUGACGAGAGUAGAGAGGAGUGCCGCAUUUUGGAUGAUUCCCUUUCAGAUUUGAAAAUGGCUGCAUCUUUUUUAGAUGUAGAUGCGGAGGAAUUGAGAGACGCACUCUGCUAUAGAACCAUUGUGGCGAAUAACGAGUGCUACAAAAAGCCAGUGAAUGCAGUCGUGGCGAACGACGUUAGGGAUGCUCUAGCCAGAGCCAUUUACGGGUGCCUAUUUCUAAAGGUAGUCGAAAGGACAAACGAAUCGGUGGGGUUCCUAGAAGAUGCAACUCUCCUAUUCUGCGGAGUUCUAGACAUUUUCGGGUUCGAAUCCUUUGCAGUGAAUUCAUUCGAGCAGUUAUGCAUCAACUACACAAAUGAGUGCCUGCAACAGUUUUUUAACAAUUUCAUAUUUAAGUGCGAAGAGAAGCUAUACGUCGAUGAGGGCAUCGAGUGGGACCCUCUAGACUUCCCAGAUAAUGUAGAUUCUGUGAAUCUGCUUGAGUCCAAACCGUAUGGUGUGUUCUGCAUGCUAGACGAGGAAUGCUACGUGCCAUCUGGGAAAGACAGAACCUUUUGCAGUAAAAUUAUUAGCAAGCACUGCUCCCCAGGGGGUAGUGGCACCAGCAGGUUCAUGGCUGUCAAAACGGACCCCUCCUCCUUUGUAAUCAUCCAUUUUGCGGGCAAAGUUACAUAUAAUUCUUCUGGAUUUUUGGAAAAAAAUAAAGACCAAUUAUCGGCAGAUGUGCAGAAGGUACUUCUACACAGCGAGAGUGAGUAUACCUCUUCCCUUUUUCAAAAGCACUUACGAAGAAACGUAGAAAAGAAAAGAAUCCAAACAGUUUCUAGCGAAUUUAAGGAACAGCUUCAUCAGCUCAUGAGAAGGAUUAAGGAGACUGAACCUCAUUUUAUUAGAUGCAUUAAACCUAACUCGCAGAACGUGCCGGACCUUUUCGAUCGAAUCUCUGUGAAUGAGCAGCUCAAGUAUGGGGGAGUGCUACAAGCCAUCAAGGUUAGUCGCUCCGGCUACCCUGUUAGGCUGACGCACACGGACUGCGUUAGGGACUACUCCGUUUUGCUGCCCAAGGAAGGGAGGGAGCUGUUUCGGGGGUACGCGGCCAAAUCCUGGGCGCAGAGGGCCACCUUCGUGCUCAGCCAGCUGCACCGGUGCGACGCCAUACAGGACUUGCUGCGCUCGCUGGGGGCGCGCCGCCGGGCGGAGGAGGCCGCAGCCAACACAGCUAGCGAAGCCAACACUGCUGACACUGCUAACGAAGGCAACCUCGCCAACGCCGCUGACCUGGCUACCCCCGAGAGCGCCCUCCUGUGGGCGGUGGGGAAGUCGCUCUGCUUCUUCAAGAGCGACGCGUACAGCGUGCUGUCCGCCCUGCGGAGCGACCUCCGCGCCGCGCAGGCAGUGGUCAUCCAGAAGAACUACAAGGCGUACCGGCAGAGGAGGCUCUUCCUGACGAUGAAGAGGAAGGUGGUGCUGCUGCAGAGGUGGGCCAGACACAUCCUAGUGGUCCUUCAAAAUGAGCGAACCAAGGUGCAGCGAGCUACGCAGCUGAUCUGUCUGCACAUCUACGGUUACACUGUUAGGAGGUCUUUCUUGCGCCAGAAAAAGUGUGCAACUAUUAUACAGGCACACGUGAGAGGCUACUUAGCGAGGAGGCAUUUCCAGCACUACAGGGUUAACCAUUAUGCAAGUCUCAUCAAAGCGACUUGGAAGAUGCACAAGCAGAGGAGACACAUGGCCAACAUGAAAAGAGCUGCAGAGAUCAUUCAGCUCAAGUGGAAAGGAAUCCUAGCGAGGAGGCAGUUGAGGAGACUGAAGGAGGAAGCCAAAGAAGUGGGGGCACUUAUUAAGAAAAACCAAUGCUUAGUCAAGCAGAUAAACCAAGAGAGGAAAAAAAAAAUGGAAGCGGAACACAAGCUGCUGCAGGCUUUCGCAAGUGUAGAGAAGCUAGCCAAAAGGGUCGACCUGCUCGAAAGGAACAACCGGGAAAAUGAAAAUGUGAUUAAGGGGCUGAUGGAGAGGCUUGCCCAGGCGAAUGCGCCACCCAGCAGUGAGACCCCCAUCAGUGAGAUCCCCAGCGAGCGCACACGAAUCAGGGCGGCUCCUCCACCCCGCAGGGACGACCCCGCAGUCGAAGCCUCAACUGCAGCAACGGUAGCAACGGCAGCAACGGCAGCAACUGCAACGUCGGCUACCACCUCGGCUGCCGCGGCAUCUCCCGAGAGGGGCACACCUGCACAGGGAGAACAGAUGGAGAGCCUCCUCAGCAAGAUAAAACAACUGGAGCUGGAAAACAAGGAACACUUAAAGAAGAACAACGCGCUGAAUGAGCGUUACCAGCGGCUGCUCGGGCUUCUGUCCCACUUUAGGCGCAAGGAUGUGUGUUUGGAGGGGGGGGAGGCGGCGAGAGAGCUGUUGAGUGGGCACGCGGCGAAGGUGCUACAGAGGGGGUCCCUCUCGGAGUGGCGCCCCGUGGAGAAGCGAGCCAACCGAAGCGGCGACGAUGGCGACGAUGGCGACCAUCACGACCAUUACGACCAUCGCGAUGAGCACACCGCCCCACCGAACGCGCGAAGGACCGUGCACCGCCCAAACGGGAGGGACGUAGACAUCCUGAUGUGCGGCCCCAAGGGGGUCGGAAAGACGAGUCUGCUGGAGGACCUCUUCGUGCGCAUAGGAGACGAAAUAAACCUCAAUUUGCUACGAAAAAAUAAAAAGAAAAAUGCAAACGAGAGUAACUCAUUUGUAUAUGACACCUAUGUAGUGGCACACAAGUCAUCCUCAGUAAAGAUUUGUGAUUACAUGUACAGUGGCAGCCCAAGUGCCGAAGAGGGUCUCUUCAAUUUGGUGAAGAGCUCUGCAAGCAUCGUCGUCGUUUUUGACUCAAGCAACGGGGAUUCCAUCCACCCAGCGUUGCACCUCCUUCAGGAAGCCGCCCUCACCAACGUCAAGAGAAGGACCAAAUUGUACCUACUAGAGAAUAUAUUUAAUGAAAAAAUAAAUAUGAAGAAGAACGCAUGUGAUGUGUCCUACUCCUUGAGGGUAGCAAAAGCCUGCAAUGCUCAUUAUGUGAAGGCGCUAGAUAUGUAUGAAAUUGUGAAUAACUAUGUGUGUGGAGCGAGGUCCUAUUUGGGCUCCUUUCCCGGGCAGACGUACCCCAUGCAGAGGGGGGGCGACCUCUCUCCGUGGCGGCACUGUGAGCGGUACCACCACGUGGCCAGGCAAAUCGGGGAGGGCCCCUCCCCCGGCGACUACAUCAGUGCGUAUGCACAUGCAUAUGAAUAUGCGGAUGUGGAUGCACAUUCACAUGCGCGUGCGCUCAAAAUGGGGGACCCAGGCAAAUCCGCGGGGGAGACGCCUGCCCACGUGAACCACCUCAAUUUGCCCCCAGAAGGGGAAUGCCCCCCGAAUCACUUCUCACCGAAGCACUUCCCGCCGAAGAGAGACCAACAGACGGCUCACCCGAACCAGCAAAACAGCGUCUCCUCUAUGGUCAGCUCAUUCAAAUCCAUUUGUGGCGUUACUCACAAGAAGAAUCCCCAUGCACAGCUCCUAAAAGAGUCUCUACCCCACAACAGCUACAUAUAUGGUAGCAAAAAAUACAACGUAGAAAUGGGGAAAGGUCUGCAGCCUAUCUUCGAAGUUACGCUCAAGGGGAGCGUGCCCAUCACGUAUCUGCUCAUCGGGCAAGACUCGAUUAACAAAAUGCACACGCUGCUCGCCGUGGGGUGCAAGGACGGCGUCAUCUACAUAUACAAGUGUUCGCGCACGCCCCUCGAGAGCGCCCACGGUAUUAGCGGCGUGACCGCAGUUAGCAGCGUCAGCAGCGUGGACGGCGCGGGCGGAGAGGAGGGCGCGCCCGCCAAGCUGGUGACCAAGCUGUCGGGGCACAAGAAAGCCAUCACGUGCCUCGUCUUCUCAUUCACAGAGGAAAAAAUCAUUUCCUCCUCAAUUGACCGCACCAUAAAAAUAUGGGAAGUAGCCACGGGGUUUCUCUUGAAGGUAUUUUCCGAUUCGUCGGCAACCCUCUCCGUGUUGUUGCUCCCCACGAAUUUGGACCUUUUCCUCUGCUCCAACUGCACCUCUCUCCUUCGCAUCGUAAACGUAAACACUGGCCAUGUUAAUCAGAAGAUAAAAUUUGAGAGCGAAAUUAGGACACUAGAGAUUGAUGAUACCGGGCUUAAUAUCUUUGCAGGCUCAAAAAACGGCACUCUUUACAUCCUAGAAAUUGUGCUCAAUGAACGUGUAGAGAUCAGAUUCAAGCUACUCUUUUCUCUUUCUCCAAUAACGUGCAUAAGAUUUGUUCCCAAACAACCCCUGCUGGCAUCUCCUUUGAUCGUCGUGAACUCCUGUGACAAUCACAUGGGCAUUAUAGAGUGUGUGUAUGGGUCGAAGGGGGCGGUCCUCACCAGCCUCUCCGUUAAGCACCGAAUUAGAAUUAACCACGCGCUGCUGCCCAUCCGAAGCAGCUUUUCCAGGUUCGGGGGCGGCUGGGUCGUUUCCGGCUCCGAGGACGGCAACAUUUACGUCUGCUCCCUCCUGCCGCACUCCAACUACAGGCUCGUCUUUCUGAAGCAUCACAAGGCUCCCGUCAUGGCCGUCGUGGUAAACGACAUCGACACGCUGAUGGUGUCAGGCGACUCCAAGGGAAACGUGGUCUUCUGGAGGCGGGCGUUCGUGUAG